AUGAUUGUACCAGCUUUUGGUAUUAUUUCUCAUAUUUUAAGUACAUACUCUAAAAAACCAGUAUUCGGUGCACAAUCAAUGAUUUAUGCUAUGGCAACUACUAUUUAUGGAGGUUCUAUUAGAUUAGCUACUCCUAUGUUAUAUGCUAUUGCAUUCUUAUUCUUAUUCACAAUGGGAGGAUUAACAGGAGUUAUGUUAAGUAAUGCUAGUUUAGAUGUAGCAUUCCAUGAUACUUAUUACGUAGUAGGACAUUUCCAUUAUGUAUUAUCUAUGGGAGCUGUAUUCUCUAUCUUAGCAGGAUACUACUACUGA